AUGGCGGCUGCGACAGCAGCCUCGGGUUCAUCCCCCACUUCGACCCCGGCCCUGACCCCGACCCCGGCAUCUGCCCCAGAUCCCGCCCCAGCCUCCGCCCCAGCUCCCGCAUGUGCCCCGCUGCACCCAGUCAUCCUCGCCUCAAUGGUUGACAGCUACGAGCAUCGCAAGGAGGGCGCGGGCCGCGUGAUCGGCACUCUGCUGGGAACAAUUGACAAACACUCAGUAGAAGUCACCAACUGUUUUUCAGUGCCACAUAAUGAGUCUGAGGAUGAGGUGGCUGUGGACAUGGAAUUUGCUAAUAAUAUGUAUGAAUUACACAAGAAAGUCUCUCUAAGUGAGCUUAUUCUGGGCUGGUAUGCCACAGGUCAUGACAUCACAGAACACUCAGUGCUAAUUCAUGAGUAGUACAGCCGGGAGGCCCAUAGCCCCAUUCACCUCACUGUGGACACCAGCCUCCAGAAUGGACGAAUGAGCAUCAAAGCCUAUGUCAGUGCUUCCAUGGGUGUUCCUGGAAAAACUAUGGGAGUGAUGUUCACUCCACUGACCGUGAAAUACGCCUACUAUGAUACCGAGCGAAUUGGAAUUGACCUGAUCAUGAAGACGUGUUUCAGCCCCAACCGUGUGAUUGGCCUUUCAAGUGAUCUACAGCAAGUUGGUGGGGCAUCAGCCCGGAUACAGGAUGCUCUCAGCACAGUGUUGCAGUAUGCCGAGGAUGUGCUGCCUGGAAAGGUGUCGGCUGACAACUUCCUGAUGGGCCUGGUUAACCAAGUUCCCAAGAUUGCCCCUGAGGACUUCAAGACCAUGCUGAACAGCAACAUCAAUGACCCCUUGAAGGUGACUUACCUUGCCAACCUAACCCAGUCACAAAUUGCCCUCAACGAGAAACUUGUCAGCCUGUGA